GGGAAGAAGGGCCUUCCUUGAGCCGGAAGAGGAAAUAGUACUUUAAGCGUUCAUGGCCGCGCUCUUAGCAACGCGGAGACCGGUGUAGCGAAAGAGAUUUUCGCGGAGGGGCUUAAGGCUUGCUCUCUGGUUCCGAGGGAUGGCGGAGAAGUUCGAUUCCCUGGAGGAGCACUUGGAAAAGUUCGUGGAAAACAUCCGGCAGCUGGGCAUCAUUGUCAGCGACUUCCAGCCUAGCAGCCAAGCGGGACUCAGCCAGAAACUGAAUUUUAUGGUUACAGGCUUGCAAGAUAUUGACAAGUGCCGACAACAGCUUCAUGAUAUCAGUGUGCCUUUGGAAGUCUUUGAAUAUAUAGAUCAAGGUCGUAAUCCUCAAUUAUAUACCAAAGAAUGCUUGGAAAGAGCUCUAGCCAAAAAUGAACAAGUGAAAGGAAAAAUUGAUACUAUGAAGAAAUUUAAAAGCCUAUUGAUUCAGGAACUGACUAAAGUGUUCCCAGAGGACAUGGCUAAGUACAAAGCUAUUCGGAGUGAAGAUCCUUCUCCAUAAUUACAUUUUCCCUUAUCCUGUACUCUCUUCCAGACUCUGGUGAUAUAUUUAUAUGAUAAUCAUUGACAGUUUGAGAAGUGAAGAUGUGUUCAACUGAAAUACUGAUUAAAUAUUGUAUUUCUUGGCCUGGUUGGAAUUCCUUUGUGCUACAUCUGCAGUCACUAAGAGGUUCAAAAAGAAUCCAGAACUUCAAAACAUCUUCUCUUUAAAGUGACAUGAAGCCUGUUUCUGAACUGAAAGUUAUCUCCUUUGCAUCUUGUAAAUACUACACAAAGCAUGGUGGGUUUAAGAUUGCAGUUGGGUAUUGUAGCUUAUACGAAACGGAGUAGCAGUAUAAAAGUGUCAUUAUUUCUUCCGAAUUCUAAAUUAUUCUUUUGAAUUAGUUUCUAGGGUGAAGUCUUUUUGCUAUAUUUUGAUCUACAAAAACAAUACUUGUUCAUUUUGUGUUGUCAUAAAAAACUGGAAUGUUUCUAAUAUUAUACAUGGAAAUAUACUUGGAGGUAUUGUCAAAGCAAUUUUUAAUUUCUUCCGUUUUUCAUAGUUAAUGAAAAAUUGAACUUCUAAAUAUAUUAUAGCCUUAAUAUAUUAAAUUGUUUUACAUCUUUUAUGUGGUCUUCUGCUUUUUUGUUUAUAUCUCUUCUGAUAGUCUGGAAACCAUGAGAAUUGAUUACAUAAAUUGUAAACAAAGGAUUUACAUUUUGUAUCUUAUAAAAAUAUAGCUAUAAGCUUAUUCAUACAGGCAUGUUAAUCAUUUCUGGCAGUCAGUUCUGAUUUGCAUGGAAAUGAGUUGUUAUGAAUAAACAGUAGAGAGAACUUGCA